AUGCGUAAUCAAUUCCAAGUAACAAUUAGACUGGCAAUCUUUGUGAUACUGCAGUGCCUAUGCGUGUUAAGUACUGAACCCGCCGGCCAGCUAGACAAUAUGCUAGCACAGGAUAUGCAACAGACCAAUUGUCCUACCUUAGACGAUUGGGCAGCAUUGGAUUUUGCCUGGGCCAAGUCCUUAAAAAAGCACCUCCAAAACAACCCAGCGCAGCUCAAGCACCUCAGCGCCAAACUAGCAACAACAAUAUCGAAAUAUCCACAAGAAUGCUUUCUGAAAGAUGGGUUUUAUUCCUUGUUAUUUGGCCCGUCUCGAUUAGAACGGACUAAGCAAGUAGCUUCUAAUCUGCUCAAUCAGUUCUCUCCAACCCAAGACAUUACAAGCGGCGUAGACCAAGAUUUGAUCUUAGAUACUAUUAUGCUUUUUGCGAUGCUAGAUCAAAGUCAGAGUUUAGAAAGACUAACUAAUAUUCACAACAAUAACCCUUAUAAGGCAUUUAUUGAAAACUUCACAUUCGCUAUCAGGUUCUGCCAACACGAAACCCCCAACUUUGUUGAUAACUUGGAAGCUGUUUGCCUCGGACGCAACGCCUAUUUCGCGUAUGGAGGCUCAAAAGACCAAAGAGAUCUCAGUCGCUCCCCAGAUCGCAACAAAGCCCUAUUCAAGUUUUUAUCACCGGACACUACUCUUAUUUACAACUAUCCCGAUCUUGCGACUUUGCGUAGCAGUCCCCUUAUUAUCUACAUUCAUCCUCUAAACUUAGAUCUCUACAUGGCCGGUCUUCUUUAUACUUACGACCAGCACCAGAAACACUUCCUAUUCUUUCGGCACAACUUAACUAGUGUGUUAUCGGCCAGUGCCAUUAAUAUUGGUGCAACAAACUAUGUAACCCACUUUAACUUUGAAACAGCAGUUCGAUUGCGAUAUGCCCCGCCUACGAACAAAUAUACUAUCAUGGCUAGCGAUGAGGAUUGGGAAACAAUUACCUCAGUACUAUCCCGUUAUCGCAAAGUCGAUGACAUUGACAAGGUGUUUACUCGAAGUAGCACAAAAGACACAUCCGGAGCCAGUAAGUCCUUCAGGCGAUGGAUCUCAACAGAGACUUCAGAAUUAUCUGAAUCAGAAACUCAGAGAAAAGAUGACUUGCAUCUCCUGCGCGAACAGCACAAUGGCAUUACUCUUUUUGUAGGAGGGAUAUCUCUACUGUCAAGUGAGGCCGUAGUAAUUUCGCUUAGUAUACUCACCGACAACAAAACCUUCCUAGUAUGCAUUUUACCAUUGGCCGUGAUGUUCUUUGGGCUAUCUGUGUCUCUACUUCUUCUCUAUAUUACUUCCUUUAUCUUUCACAAAACUCGGCGACUAACUCAGCGGCAUCACACAUUCCUCUUUUUAAUGGGCACCUUAGCGGGUGUGUUGACUGUUAUUGUAGGCGCGUUUAUGAUAUAUUACUCUAAGGCAGAUGAAAAGACGCAGAUUUACAUUCUUCUUAUCGCACAGUAUGUAUUCACUUUGGCUAUGAUGCUGGGAUUCUUAGGAGUCAGGUUGCUUUUCAACUACAUACCAUCAUGCAUUAUUCGAAGACUCUACUAUGUGUUUUAUGGGCUGGCAAUUGUCUUGGCAGUCUUGCCCUCUAUCCUUUGUCUUACGAACCAGACCGUUGAUGCAAGACUGCUGCUUAAAUCACAAGUUCUGGUUAUUUCGGCGGUGUUCUUUGUGAUAGGAACCUUUAUUGAUCUCUUCGGACGACGGCUCGAUAAGAUGCAGUCCGGGUGGAUGAAGGAGCGCUGUCCUAAAGAGAAAUUACAGAAAGCACAGAGGUUAAUAGCUAUUGCCGUUGUGCAGAUUGCUUUAAUCGGAUUAGCAGUCGGUUUAAUGCUUCGAUUUAACUUGCUAGCCGAGGAUGUCACCCUAAUACCAAGUUAUGACCCAGCCACUUCUAUCAUGGGAAAGAUUAGUGCAAUCAAGGUCUAA